CCCCAAGAGCAGGGGCAAGAGGUGGCAUCUUAGCCACCCAUCAAGAAAAGCGCAGGACCCACCAUACUACAUCGGCCAUCUUGUCACAAUAUGUACACUAGAAACCUGAAAGAUGUGACCUUUUAUUGUAUCCUCAUCCUCCCAUCUCCAUUUUCCUUUUAUUUCUUUGUUACUAUCCACUGCUUUGAAUUGUGUCCUUAGAUUGCAAGUUCUUCUGGGUCGGGACUAUUUAAUCAGGUGUACAAUACCUAACACAAUGGGUCCUCAUUCCAGAUUCAGGCACUGCUGUUAUGUUAGGAAGUCUUCUGGAAAAUCCUGAGACAUCCUGGAAUUCUAGCAAAGAUUGUUAAUUUGAUAAAAGCGUUAUAUGAUGAGACUGUGUGCUGCUUCAGGACAGAGAGUGGAAACCUGGAAUGGUUUAAGAUUGUCACUGGUGUAAGGCAUGGUUGCAUGCUAUCCCCACUUCUUUUCUUCAUUGUCAUUAACUUUGUGAUGAGAAGAGCCAUGGCUGAAGACAUUGGUAUUGUUUGGGCAAAAUAUAAGCUGCGAGACCUAGACUUUGCAGAUAGUCAUACUGGUUACCAGCUUGGGUGGAACGAAAAGACUCUUUAUAAGCAUACAAGCAGAAGCUGCUAAAGUGGAAUUUUGCAUCAGUAUCCGGAAGAGUAAGAUCAUGGAGGUAUGAGAGAAUGUCAACAGUGGCAGAUGUGAGAUUGAUCGAGAAGAGUACGAAAGAGUUGAUGAUUUUAUCUUUGAAGUACAAUGUCUGCUAAUGGCCAGCUCACAAAGUGAAAGCCAGGAUCAGAAAAGCCAGUGAAGCAUUUUCCUGUUUGUCAAACAUCUGGAAAAGUAAGAAGAUACAUCUAUACCCUAAAAUGAGAUUAAACAACACUAUUAUCUUCCCAACACUAUACCUCAGAAAUGUGGCAGAUAGUGGAAGUCCAUAACAGGAAGAUGAUGCAUUUCACCAGCUUUAUUUAAGAAAUAUCUUGGGUAUUUAUGGGUCAGCAGCCUGUGAAUCCAACAAUCAGAAAGAGAUGGCUACCCCAAGGCAGAUGCCACAUGGUGGGAAAAGAAGGUGUACAGGACAAAGAAUUACUUAUUGCAAGGUGAUUGAAAAGGAUGCUGUUGUCAUGGACAUGACUUAUGAUGGAAUCAAACACCUAAUUCUGGACAGACAAGAGUGGGAAAAAUGGGUUACCUCUAGAUUCUAAGUCUAAGUAAGUGUACCUUAUAUAAAGAGUCACUUUUAGUCAUGUGAUAUUUGCUUUUCUUUCUGGAAGAGGCUGAGUACCUCAGAGUCUAUUUAUGACAAUAGCCAAUACUCCUGGUGCUCCUAAGUUGACUGGGUGUGUGGGGUUUGGAGAGGGGAAUUGGAAAUACACUCUAAAAACAGUAAAAAAAACUAGGAAGAAAUGCCAACCCAAAAGAACAUAAUGAACAGGAAAAAAUAAGCAAUGAUUGGUGGGAAUGAGGGGAAAGAAAAUUACACGUGAGGCCAGGGGCCAAUUAUCUCAGAUACAAGCAUGCCACCCCAUUGAUGUCAAUGGGAUUGCAAUUAUGUACAUAAGGGCAGAAGCUGGCACUAUACCUUUCAUAAAGGAGCCAUCCUGUUUCCAGCUACACUGCACAGGUGGCAUAACAAGCAGUGUCAGCUGUUUUCCAUAGAAAAACUACCCAAACACACUAUAUUCCCCUAAUGAAGUCAUAGGCAGUGUAGAACCAGAGCCAGCUCCUAUAAAACAUAAGACACAUAAUCUUUUCCAGUGAAGCACUGACUUGGCAUGCCGUGCUGUGCAUUUAGAUGUAAUGGAAUUGAACUGGAUAAUGGAAUAAAGAAAAAGCAAAGUCAUUAAUUAUAAAAAAUUCAUUUCCCUUGUUUUAUUUCCUCUAGUGUUUGUAUUUUUCCUGUCUGGAAAAAAAUGCUCCUAACAGUUUUAGAUUUGGAGCAAAGUAUCAAUUAUAAACCUGUAUAAUUUGUAUGGGUUUCAAGAGGCUGGCAGAAACUAUUUGACCUCAAAUCGUAAGGGUGAACAGGGAGAGGUUGGCCUGUGCACAGGAUAAAAGAGUUUCUUUGCUUUGGAUUUUUAAUUAUAAUUUAACACCCCCACAAAACCUCUGGGAUCUGCAGCCCAUUAGUUGAAAAACACUGUAUUAAAGUAUUGUUGCAUGGGACUUCUUGUUUGUGUUGGUACACUUGAAAGAAUAAACUGUAUUCUGUACCUUGUGAUUUUCAGGAAGAAUACAGUGUAACUUCUAACUGCCAUUCCAUAGAAGCAUCUGUUUCAUUGUAUUAUUUGUUACAUCUAUGUACAGUAGCAUGAUAAGGACAUCAGAAGGUUGACUGUUAAGCAUCUUCCAUCUGAGUGUAAGCAGUUGCUGCAGGAAUCUGACACUGAGUGUUAUGAUGGAAAACAUUGGAAAUGCCAGUUUUCACAGGAGAAAAAAACCUAAGGUCCUCACCACUUAUGGGCAUUAAGGUCCUGUGAUUUUUUUUGUAAGUGUAAGCAGGGACUGAAUGAACUUUCCCCUAACAUCUAGUGAUGAGCUGAGGAAAAUACUUCAGGAGCAGACUGUGUUUGCAUAGGCAUGCCUGCUCUUCCUAGGUGUACGGCAUGAUGACACUCCUUUACCAAAAUAAUCACUUCUGUGUAAUGUUGGCUUACAGAUCACUUCAGUAUUGACUGCAGGGGGAAUGCAAUGUUGUUUUGCUUACUGUAUGAGUAAAGGGCAGCAGAACUGUACUUAGCCUACCCUGAUUGAGGGGAUCAUUCUAAACUGAACCUCAUCCACUAAGCAGGGAGUAGGUAUGCCAAAGCCUGGUGGAGAUGGGAGGGGAGCGUGGAUGGUGUCUAAAGACCAUUUGACUGUCCCCUUACUGGUGUUUAAAGACAGAUCUGAUUAGACUCAACUGACAGUCACACUUUCUGUUCAGUGAUUACCAGAGGUAAUUCACUGACAAGCAGCUCUAGGGGCUAUGCCUUAGACCUGGUGUAGGGACCAGAAGUGAAACAAAAGGAAAUGCAGAGGUUGUACUGGCAGUGAGGUUUCCUGCUACCCAGUUAAAUCAUUGUACUGUUAAGAGGAUGCCCUAAAACCUGGCCCUUGUUGCUGCCAACUCCACCUGGCAGAAGGGUUACAUAAGUAUUAUGAUAAUUAGUCCCAAGGGCCUAGUUAAAUCUCAUCCUAGGUGAAUCUAGUUUGUUUAGUUAAAUUCAUCCUGCAGUUUCAUUUGACUACAACAUUCUUUGCUUCCACUUCUAAACUGUAAUGCUGUGUUCUACAUGUCUCUAUUCAGAUGGACUGGGCCUGCUCUUUAACCCUCGAUUGGCUGCAUUUAUGGUUGUUUGUAAUUCUUGCCUACAUUAUUCAGAAGCAUAUACCCUUAUCUCAGUUACCCUAGAUUUACAUCUGUCACAUAGUUUGUAAAGCAAAUUUAUCAUGUUGGAAAGAUAUGUAGAUAUCUUUCCAACAUGAUAAAUACACACAUACAUUCAUAUGAGACACACAUACAUUCAUAUGAGACACUUUAUUUACUAAAGGACUGCAUACUUCAUUGGUUAUGUAAGUCAAACUGGGAGGAGCUGGAAUGCAGUCUCUACUCCUGUACAUGUAGCAUUUUUCAGGACACUGCCAGUAAAUCUAAAUUUUUAUUGAGAUGUCAUCUAAGCAACUCCUCUUCUUCUCUUUGUUCUUUUAUCAGCAGUUUCUUCUUAAAAGUGCCCAUUUGGUGCUCCAGAGGAAUCUCUCUGUUUGUAACACCAAAUGGACAAUCAUUUAGAUUAACUAAAACAGCUUUCACUGGGCGAAGUUAAAUGCAAAUCUGAGUCUCCCUCUGACCAAGUCAGGCUUUUACAAGGAGCCAAGCUAGCGAUGGAUCCCCAGGACUGUCCUUGUGCUACCAGUGGCACAUGUGGUUGUACUGGCUGUUGCAAAUGCAAACAUUGUAGAUGUGUAUCUUUCAAAAAAAGCUGCUGCUCCUGUUGCCCAGCUGGAUGCAAUAAUUGUGCCAAGGGCUGUGUCUGCAAAGAGCCAGCAUCCAAGAAAUGCAGCUGCUGUCACUGAAAUGGACAUCUUCUGUGCUCCUGUGAAUAUUUGUAUGUAAAAAAGC